CUCGCUGUCUCCAACUAUCAUCUCAUCAUGGCUGCUCCAUCUACUACACCAUACCCUCCCAUACUUUAUACCCUUCCGAAAGAGUCGGUUGCGAGCGCUCUGGGCGAUUUUGUGAUCAAGGCUCAAGCCUCAGCCAUUGCCAAACGAUCAAAGUUUACCCUGGCCGUCUCAGGUGGCUCAUUAGCCCAGACGCUUGUAAGUGGCCUAUCAGGUCGAGAUGAAGUGCAGUGGGAUAAAUGGGUGGUGUUCUUUGCAGAUGAAAGAGCAGUUCCGUUAGACCAUGAAGAAUCGAACUACAGAUUGGUCAACGAGGGCUUGUUUAGUAAAGUACCCAUCCCGUCCGAGAAUAUACAUCCCAUCUCUGCCGACCUUAUCCACGAUCCAGAAGAGCUCAGUCACGAUUACGAGAAACAAUUAAUGAAUGAAUUUGCCGGCAAGAACGCAGUUGCUUUUCCUCGUUUCGAUCUCAUCCUACUUGGUACUGGUCCGGACGGACACACAUGCUCCUUGUUUCCCUCUCACGCUCUUCUCAGUGAAGAUUCAGCUUGGGUAGGCUGGUUAGAUGACUCACCUAAACCACCUUCAACCCGGAUCACCAUCACCUAUCCAGUUCUUAACCAUGCUCACAAGGUCGCCUUUGUGGCAGUAGGAGAAGGCAAAAAGGAGGUCCUUCGUAAAGUCCUUGAUCAACCUGACCUCGGUCUUCCAGCUUCAAUGGUCAAGCCUCUCCCUCCCGGUCAAGUCUAUUGGUUUGUUGACGAAGCGGCUGCAUCUGAGACGCAGUAUGCAAAGAGCGAAUUCAAGUUAUAGAUAUCCGACUAUCCAUUCCGAACGGAGAUAGCCUGUCUAUAUAUAUAUCCUCAUUUGUUGUGAAUCUCAGAUAUUCUAUCUUAUGCUAGAUCUUUAUUCCAUUUCUUUCACUUUGAACCACUUAAACUUUGUAUCACAUCGGCCAAAAAUAUUACAAGCAUACCUUGGAAUUCCGCUCGCAUACAAGGAUGUCACUAAACUAAAUUGUGUGCGAUCGGGUUUGAUCACCUGCUCAUUUGUACUGGCUUGUGUACUAGCUUUAUAUCAAUAAGAAUCCUGUUUUACUUCGUU